AUGUCCGAGCCCGCUCCGCCGCCCGGCAUGGCCCGUCCGCCGCUGCCCGCCGCCGCCUUGCUGGCCGCCGCCUUGCUGCACUGCGCGCCCGCCGCGCCCGCCCGCCGCCACAAGCCGGAUGUGUCUCGAAAGCAUCACACCUGGAAGGAGCAGACUCCUUGGCUGUCUUCCUUGGUGAACGCCGUGGGGACUGGUGUGCCUGCCAAGGGCUUCCCUGUCGGUGCAGAUGAGCAGGCGGCACGCUGGAACCCACCCCGGUGCGGCGUGCCGGACCUCCCGAUGUUGCCGGAUGGCCAGAACGGGCGGAACCGGCAGAAGCGGUUCGUCCUCUCCGGCGGACGCUGGGACAAGACCGAUCUCACCUACAAAAUUAUCAGGUUCCCGUGGCAACUUGUAAAAGCUAAAGUGAGAAGGACCAUCGAGGAAGCUUUGAAAGUCUGGAGUGACGUUACGCCGCUGACCUUCACCGAGGUGCAGGAGGGACGGGCUGACAUCGUCAUCGAUUUCACAAGGUACUGGCAUGGAGACAACUUGCCUUUUGACGGGCCCGGAGGGAUCCUGGCACACGCGUUCUUCCCCAAGACACACCGGGAGGGAGAUGUCCAUUUUGACUAUGACGAGACCUGGACGAUUGGGAACAACCUGGGCACUGACCUCCUCCAAGUGGCUGCUCAUGAGUUUGGCCACGUCCUGGGCCUGCAGCACACGGCUGUCUCCAAGUCACUGAUGUCUCCUUUCUACAUCUUCCGCUACCCGCUAAGCCUGAGUGAAGACGACAAGCAAGGUAUCCAGUACCUCUAUGGGAAACCCAAACUGGAUCCCGACCCAACCCCAACUCAGCCCGCAGAGCUGCCCCAGCCAGACCUUGAAACAAAUGAGAUCACCAACGUGGAGUCUGUGCAGCCCGACGCCUGUGACACAGCUUUUGACGCCGCGUCCACCAUCCGAGGGGAGCUGUUUUUCUUCAAGUCCCGCUAUGUGUGGCGGCUCCGAGCUGGAAAGCUGCAGGAUGGCUACCCAGCCCUGGCCUCCCGCCACUGGCAGGGGAUCCCCAGCUCUGUCGAUGCCACCUUCGAGGACCCUCUGGGCAAUAUCUGGUUUUUCCAAGAUUCUCAGUACUGGAUUUAUGAUGGCGAGAGACGGGUAUCUGGUCCCACUCCGAUUGUGGAGCUGGGGCUCCCUGCAUCCCCUGUGCAGGCAGCUCUGGUGUGGGGGGCUGAGAAGAACAAGAUCUACAUCUUCAGUGGAGGCAACUACUGGCGCUUCAACCCUCACACCCGCCAGGUGGACAACAUCUACCCCCGGACCAUGGCCGACUGGCGCGGUGUCCCUCAGGAGAUCGACGCGGCUUUUCAGGAUGAGUUUGGUUUUGCCUAUUUCCUGAGAGGUCGAGAUUACUGGAAGUUCGAUCCAGUCCAGGUGAAAGUGCUGGAGGGCUACCCACGCCAGAUCAGCCAGGACUUCUUCAGCUGUACACCUUCCUCCAACUCCUUCAGAUGAGGGGGAUGCCUGUGUCCUCCACACUCUCCUUUCAUCACCCUUACCUCUAGCAGCCACACAGAGGGUUCCCUCUGCCAUUCCUGGCUUCCUUCCAGGCUCAGCAUCUGACACAGCAGGUGUCUGUCACAACAAGUGACAAUGUUUGCUCCUCUCCAGCUCCAGCAGCCCCAGCUUCAGUUGCUAUCAAUAUAAAAGCAUCUGCCAUGUUCUUUGCAGGCAGGAGCAGCCACUAAACCCUUAACGUGGCCAUGCUCUUCUAGCAAUAGCAUCCCAAAAGCCAUCAAGCCAGCCUGGAAUGGGAUCAUCCUCUCCUAAUUAACCUGGACCCCAUCCUGUAGAACUGAUCUGAUGGCAUUCCCUGUGUUUACAUAGCUCACAACAGCAGCCCUUUGCUGCUCCAGACGUUGGCCUGGGAGGAGGGCUUCCACUGAGACACCUCCCUCAGCCUCAGCCAGGGGCUUUGAGGGACGCUGACUGUACCUGCCGAGGAAUGCAGACGUGUGGCUGCUGCCAGGGUCACUUCACUGGGGCUGCAGUGGUGACCGCCAGGACCCUGCCACAGCCCUACUCCCGGUUUUAUGUUUUAUCACUAGUAUGCGUUAGGAUUUUAUACUGAUUUGUACAUAGACAAGGGGCCCCCUUCCUUCCAUGGUGCUGGGUGCCAGUGCUGGACACUGCCCCGUCGCUCCCUGUGCUCGUACCGAGUUAGGUUCCCCAUCCUGGGUUGCUCACGACUGCACUGAUCGGUUUCGUACCACUGUUGCCAGGCUGGGGGCUGACACCGUGCGGCCCCACUCCGGCUCUCUGCAGACGCCUCGUUGCUACAUAACCUUACGCCAAAAAACCUAAAGGGGCUCCGGCCGGUUUCUUCCCUUUUCACCUUUCAACCCACCCGUGCCCCGCGCUACUCCCCGCCCCGGGUGACCGGCUGGAGACACCGCAGCGAGCGGGCUGGGCUGCUGCCGGCCCGGGGGCGCGGAGGGUGAGGACGACGACGACGGCCGGUACCCCAGCCCCGGGGGUCUCGGUGCCGGCCCCCCCUCAUGAGCGCAGCCGUAAAUGCCCGUAGAGAGUACGCACCCACCCCCUGCCCGCCCGCACACGCACGUGCGCACUGUCUGUAUUUAUGUACCGCCCCGCGCCAAUAAACCGCCUCUUUUCUAA